UGCAAAGAGUUAACACUUCUAAAGGCUGACAGGUUUCUUGUUGUGCCAUCUGAAGACAAGAGAGGAAAGACAAAAAAAAACGGUCACAGCCAGUUAGCCACAGCAGGCUGAGUUCUCAGGAGCACAUCUGCAAAUUAAGCAGAUAGAUUCCCCUCCAUGCCACAAGCCCCCCGUGCUGUCAGAGAAGAUUCCUCAAAGUGCUCACAUUUGAAUCCCAAUAACAUAGAAAGCUUUCGGAGGACGCAAAAGCACUCUAUCAGCCAGAUACCAAAAUAUGACCCAAUCAGCAGACGCAAUGUCACUGCAGAUGGUGACAGCUGUCAGUAAUUCAUCCUUGCUUCAGCCGGGCUGUUCGCUGCUGAAUUUUGAUGGGCAUGUCUUCUUUUUUGGGCAGAAAGGAUGGCCGAAGAGAUCCUGUCCCACUGGUGUUUUCUUCCUUGAUAUAAAGCAGAAUGAGCUCAAAAUGAAACCUGUCUUCUUCUCUAAGGAUUCAUGUUACCUUCCCCCUCUCCGCUACCCCGCAAUUUGCACGUUUAGAGGCAAUGAGGAGUCCGAUAAGCACCAGUAUAUCAUUCACGGUGGGAAAACGCCUAACAAUGAUCUUUCUGAUAAGAUCUACAUUAUGAGUCUAGUAAGCAAAACUAGCAAGAAAACCACUUUUCAAUGUGUUGAGAAAGAUCUGGGUGGGGAUGUCCCUGAAGCUAGAUAUGGACAUACAAUUAAUGUAGUUCAUAGCCGGGGAAAAAGCAUGAGCGUUAUAUUUGGAGGUAGAUCGUAUAUUCCUCUCGCACAAAGAACCACUGAAAGAUGGAACAGCGUGGUUGACUGUUUGCCGUCUGUGUUUCUUGUUGAUUUUGAGUUUGGAUGCUGUACAUCGUACAUACUUCCGGAGCUCCAAGAUGGACUUUCUUUCCACGUUUCAGUUGCCAGGAAUGAUACAAUCUACAUUUUGGGAGGCCAUUCACUUCAAAAUAACACCCGGUCCCCCAGCUUAUACAAGCUAAAAGUUGACCUCCCGCUAGGCAGCCCAGCUCUGACCUGCAGUGUCUUGCCAGGGGGAAUAUCUGUGUCAAGUGCUAUCGUGACUCAGACCAGUGAUACCGAAUUUGUCCUUGUGGGGGGCUACCAGUCUGACAACCAGAAACGGUUGGUCUGUAACACCAUAGUUUUGGAAGAUAAUAAGAUAGAGAUUGUUGAAAGGGCAAGCCCGGACUGGACACCAGAUAUUAAACACUGCAGGAUGUGGUUUGGCUGUGAUAUGGGCAAAGGGUCUGUAUUGCUGGGCAUUCCAGGGGCCAACAAACAGUUAAUCUCAGAUGCAAACUACUUCUACAUUUUGAGAUGCAAAGGCACAGAAGAGGAUGAGGAGGAAGAACUGACAGCACAAAUUUGCAGUCAGGCAUCUACCGAAGACCAAGGAGACUCCACUCCGUUUGAAGAUUCAGAAGAGUUUUGUUUUAGUGCUGAAGCCAGUAGCUUUGAUGUUGAUGAUAUCGACACUUACAAUGAAGAUGAUGAAGAAGAUGAAUCAGAAACAGGUUACUGGAUCACCUGCUGUGCCAGCUGCAAUAUUGAUAUUAACACUUGGGUGCCUUUCUAUUCAACAGAACUCAACAAGCCCGCAAUGAUCCUGUGUUCCAAUGGGGCUGGCCAUUGGGUCCAUGCACAAUGUAUGGAUCUGUCAGAGAGCAUGCUCCUACAUCUCUCAGAAGCAAAUGUCAAGUAUUUCUGCAACGAGCAUGUUGACCUUAAUAAAGGGCUACAAACUCCCAAAAGGUGAUGCAUCUGAAAAAGCAACCCAUGAAACCACUACGCAAAAGAAAACCAUGAAUUUAACAACACCAGUGAAAAAGUCCUUUCUUCGGAGAUUAUUUGAAUAGAUUUACACCACUGAUUUGUAUUCAACUGGGAGUCAAAGACAGGGAUCUUUUAUUUAAUUGAUUCUAAUUAUCAAUUAAAAUAAUCAAUUAUCAUUGCAAUUUAAUUUCAAAGCUCAUGAAUUUAUUUUGUUUCUUAUGUAUAUUUUUGCAAUAUCCAGAUAGGAAAUUCAUCACAGAGUGCAUUGUGCAAACAUACAGCCAGAUAGUGUUAACUUUGUUCUGUAUUUUAUACUAUAACCAAAUCCCCAGUUACCCCACUGAAAUUAGUAGAACUGCUUAUCCCAUGUACUCAGUAGUGUUAGCAUCUGUCCAUAAAAAAAAAAAAAAAAAAAAAAAAAAUAUUUUCCAUUUUAAUGUUUUAUCUUAGUAGUUCUAGAAAUAUUUGGCUAAUUUAUAACUGCAUUACUGUGAUUUUAUGUUGAGGUAAUGAACUAAAACUAGACUAAUUCAUCUGGUUUUAAACUGAAGUGAUGGCUUAAGUCCCUUGUGUCAGAAAUAAUGAAAUAUUCAGACACUGAGGGUCUGUUUUCUUCAGGGACUUCCAAAAUGAAAA